UAUUCAAUACACUCACCGAUAAACUUUAAGACGAAAAUUGAAGACUUCUAGAGCGAGAAACGACUGCUCCUAUAAUAUUUUGUCUGAAACUUCAUUUUAUUUUGCUGAGAGAAAAAAAUGGCGACUGAAUCAAAGAAUAAGCAGCAAAACCCUAAAAAAGCUAACUUGUUGGAUCAUAAUUCUCUAAAACAUCUCCUUGAUGAAACUGCUAAUGAGGUUGUUAAAGGUCGUGGAUAUGUAGAAGAUGUAAGGAUGAGCAAUGUGAGAUUGUUGAUGGGAACUGUGAUCAUAAUCAUUGCCUUGGUGGCACAAUUUUACCCUAAGAAGUUUCCGGAGAACAAGAACUUUUUGAUCGGUUGCAUCAUAUUAUAUAUCGUCUUCUGUGGUUUGUUGCAGCUGAUCAUAUACACAAAGGAAAAGAACGCUAUCAUGUUUACCUAUCCUCCAUCGGGAUCCUACAACGCGACUGGCCUUGUUGUAUCUUCAAAAUUGCCAAGGUUUUCUGAUAUGUAUACCCUUAUAAUCGAAAGUGCUGAUCCAAAAUCAAUCUCCGCCAACAAACCUGUUGAAUUGACCAAGAGUGUCACCAAAUGGUUCACCAAGGACGGAGUUUUGGUGGAAGGUCUUUACUGGAAAGACGUCGAAGGAUUAAUAAAUGAAUAUAACAAGGAACCUAAGAAGAGCAAAUAAAUGGGCAAAUGAGUCCUUUUUUUACAGAGUUGAAAAAGCCAAGUCCAGAUUAACAUCUUAGAGAUGUAGAUUUCAGUAGUUGAACUGGUUGUAUGUUCAAUACGGUUAGACAUGUUAAAAUUUCAAUAAUACUUUUAUCUUUGAUGAUUUUGCGGGAAUUUCAAGCCUUAAAAUGAUCGACUUUUGCACAAAUUGAUGGUUUUGAUACUUUAAACAGAUCAUCUGCAAUUAUCUCAGUUUUUUUACUGCUCUUGAUUGUAUCAGAUGUGUUUAUGUUGAAUUUGGUUACAACUUGGGAUAAUCCUUUUCUGGAUAACUAGGUUCAGAUAUAUUUGCCAAAAUGACUGUUCAAACUCU